AUGAUGAAGUCAUUCACUCUCCUAACAGCUUCGGCGUUGUUGGGCAGUGCUGCCGCCGAGGUUCACAAGCUCAAGCUCAACAAGGUCCCUCUGUCCGAGCAACUGAGCACCCACAACAUCGAUGCUCAUGUCGCCAAUCUAGGUCAGAAAUACAUGGGUAUUCGCCCUGAGAAGCACCAGGACUUGUUUCACGACACUUCUCUGAAGCCUGCUGCUGGCCAUGACGUGCUGGUUGACAACUUCCUGAAUGCUCAGUACUUCUCUGAGAUUCAGAUCGGUACUCCUCCCCAAACCUUCAAGGUUGUCCUUGACACCGGUUCCUCCAACCUGUGGGUCCCCUCAUCGUCGUGCAGCUCUAUUGCCUGCUUCCUUCACAGCAAGUAUGACUCGUCCUCUUCGAGCACUUAUGAGAAGAAUGGCACCGAGUUUGAGAUCCGCUACGGAUCUGGCAGCCUGAGCGGCUUUGUGUCCAGGGACACUCUCCAGAUCGGUGACUUGAAAGUCAAGGGCCAGGACUUUGCUGAGGCUACGAACGAGCCUGGUCUGGCCUUUGCCUUUGGCCGCUUUGAUGGUAUUCUCGGCCUCGGCUAUGACACCAUCUCUGUGAACAAGAUGGUCCCUCCUUUCUACAACAUGAUCAACCAGAAACUCGUUGAUGAGCCCGUGUUUGCUUUCUACCUUGGUGAUGCCAACAAGGAGGGUGACAACUCCGAAGCCACUUUCGGUGGUAUUGACGAGAGCCACUACACCGGCGAGCUGAUCAAGAUUCCCCUCCGUCGCAAGGCGUACUGGGAGGUCGAGCUCGACUCCAUUGCCCUCGGUGACAACGUUGCCGAGCUGGAGAACACCGGUGUCAUUCUGGACACUGGUACCUCUCUCAUUGCCCUGCCUUCCACUAUGGCUGAGCUCCUGAACAAGGAGAUUGGUGCUACCAAGGGCUUCACUGGCCAGUACAGCGUUGACUGCGCCAAGCGUGACUCACUUCCCGAGCUCACCUUCACUCUGGCUGGCCACAAGUUUGCUAUUGGUCCUUACGACUACAUUUUGGAGGUCCAAGGAUCCUGCAUCAGCAGCUUCAUGGGCAUGGACUUCCCCGAGCCCGUGGGUCCCCUGGCGAUUCUGGGAGAUGCCUUCCUGCGUCGCUGGUACAGUGUCUAUGACGUUGGCAACAACGCCGUUGGUCUGGCCAAGGCCAAAUAA